UACAUUAUAUUUUUCAGAUCCCAAGUCUAUGGUCACCUAUAAGUUCUUUCUCCCCUGGAUUGGAAAAGGACUUCUCAUCCUACAUGGUCCGAAGUGGUUUCAACACCGCCGCCUCUUAACUCCAGGAUUCCAUUAUGAUAUUUUGAAACCAUAUAUAGCCCUGAUGGCAGAUUCAACAAAAAGCAUGCUGGAUAAAUGGGAGAAGCUCAUUGUCAAGGAUGACAUGAAGUCUCUGGAGAUGUUUGAACAUGUCAGCUUGAUGACUCUAGACAGCAUCAUGAAAUGUGCCUUCAGUUCCCAGAGCAGCAGUCAGACUUCCAGAGAACUGAAUAAUUACAUCAAAGCUAUUUAUGACCUGACCUAUCUGGUGACUCAGAGAGUACGUAACGUCUUGUACCGGAGCGAUCUCAUUUAUCCAUUCACUACAGCUGGACGCCAGUUCCAGAAAGCUUGCAAACUGGCUCACAAACAUACAGAAAAAGUCAUAGAAGAAAGAAAAAUAUCAUCCAAGGAGGAAGGAGAGAUCAAAAAAAUGCAGAAGAAGCGACACUUAGAUUUUUUGGAUAUUCUUCUUUCAGCCAAGGAUGAAAAUGGAGUUGGGUUAUCUAAAGAAGAUUUGCGUGCUGAGGUGGACACAUUCAUGUUUGAAGGGCAUGAUACCACGGCAAGUGGGAUUACCUGGAUGUUAUAUGCAAUGGCUCACAACCCAGAACACCAACAACGAUGCAGGGAAGAGAUAAAGGAAAUUAUGGGGGACCGUGACACAGUUCAGUGGGAUGACCUCGGAAAGAUGCCUUAUACCACCAUGUGUAUAAAAGAGUGCCUCCGACUUUAUCCCCCAGUCCCUGGAGUGGCUCGACAACUUAGCAAACCCAUAACCUUUUGUGAUGGACGCAUUUUGCCUGAAGGUUAG